GGCGGCAGAGCAGCGGGGCGGUGCGCACGGCGGGAGAGAGCGACACUGUAUUCCAUCCAAACUGCAGAAAAAAGUGGGGGAAUAAAGGGAAAAAAAGGGGGGCGGAUCUCGGCAUUAUCUCCAGAGUUCCAACAACUUGACCGAGCCGACGUGCUGAUUCCUCCCGGCCGGCCGUGGCUGCGAAGGCAGGAAGAGCCGGGAACUUACGGAACUAACGCAGGGACUGUCCCCACACCUCAGCGGCGAGGUGCCGCGUCAGUUUUGGCAAAGCGGGGGGAGUAAAAGGAGCGGAGGGGAGAUAGCGUUUCUGCGGAGGAACUCUCCAAGUGUUGGAAAGUUCCCAGCGCAGCAUCGAUCGAGGACCUCCCGCCCACUUUACCUCUGAUCCACAGCAGUGGGGAGCGGGCAGAGAGAGUUGGAGCGGCCGCUGCGGUGGAUGGAGCAACAAAGGCUGGAUGGUUUAAACUGAAAGAGCCCCUUUCAUGAGAAGAACCCUCCUCCCGAACGGCAGCCCGAUCACCUCAAACUGCAAGUCUUUGCAGCCGCUCGGAUCAGAUCUCGGGGACCCAGCCCGGCUCUCCUCCAGUGCAAACUCUGCGCAGAACGGACGGAAUCAGCCGCAGACGUGAAAUUGAUGCUUUGGCACGGAGACGCGCACCGCAGAUCCUCCACAAAGUCUCCGGCUGCGCACUGAGGGAGGUUGACUAGUUUAGGUGGAAGUGGGAUUUUUGCAGAAGUUGCAUGCGAGGGCUUUGUCGUCUCGAGUGAGCCCCCCCUCCCCUGUCCGUCCACUCUCAGGUUUUUUUUUUUUUUUUAAUCAGACAAGAUCCGGAUAGUUGAGGUGCCAUGGCGGUGUGUGUGGGGAUAUGGGCGCUCCUGAUGGCGCUGCACAUUCAAGCUGGAAACGGACAGUCGAUACAGAUGGACCCCGCAAAGUCCGGCUUCGUGGGUUCGCAGGUGGAGCUGCGAUGCAUUUUCAGCAACAGCAACCCUCCGGUCAAGAUCUCGCAGGUCACCUGGCAGAAGCUGCUGAACGGCACCAAGCAGAACGUGGCCAUCGCCAACCCGGCCCUGGGCGUGUCCGUCCUGCCGCCCUUCAAGGAGCGGGUCAGCUUCAAGCAGGCGGCGGUGCGUCACCGCACCCCCUCGCUGGAGGACACCACCAUCGUCUUCUCCAACCUGCAGCUGUCCGACGAGGCCGCCUACAUCUGCGAGUACACCACGUUUCCCGCCGGCAACCGGGAGAACAUGGUCAACCUCACUGUUUUCGCCCGGCCCCUGACGCGCAUGACCCUGACGACCCCCACCAUCGUGGCCCGGCCUCAGAAGCGCAAGAUGACCGUCGCCACCUGCGUGUCGGCGAACGGCAAGCCGCCCAGCGUGAUCCGGUGGGACACCAGGCUGAAGGGCGAGGCCACCUUCCAGGAGACCCGCAACCAGAACGGGACGGUGACGGUGCGGAGCAACUACGUGGUGAUCCCGAGCCGCGAGACCCACAAGCAGAAGCUGACCUGCAUCGUCUCGUACCGGAACGAGAGGAUCACGGACAGCGUGGUGCUCAACGUGCAAUAUGAACCCGAGGUGAAGAUCGAGGGUUUCGAUGGGAACUGGUACCUGAACCGUCAGAGCGUUCAGCUGACCUGCAGGGCCGACGCCAACCCCCCUGUCACCAUCUACCAGUGGAAGCUCUUGAACGGCUCCCUGCCCAGUAAUGUGGAGAUCAAGAACAACAGCCUGUUCUUCAAGGGCCCCGUGUCUUACGACCUGGCCGGGACGUACGUCUGCGACGCCACCAACGGCAUCGGGACUCGCACCGGCAUCGUGGACGUCAACAUCACAGAAUUCCCUAACAACCAGCCACCUGGCCGAGAGAUCCCGCAGGACCCGCACAAUGCAGGUGCUGCCAUCGGGGGCGCUGUGGGGGGUGUUGCCCUGUUGGGCGUGGCAGCCAUACUGCUCUUCGUAUUCCUGCGCCGCCGCCAGCGCACCUUCAAAGGAGACUACAGCACCAAGAAACACGUGUUCGGUAACGGGUACAGCAAGGCCGGGGGCUUGCCCGCCCAUCCCCCGAUCCCCAAGAACCUGCAGUACCCGGACGACUCGGACGACGAGAAGAAGCCCGCCCAGAUCGGCAGCACCGGAGGGUUCGAGGCGAGCGAGCGCGAUUUCGAUGCCGAGGCGGAGGACCUGAAGAGGCCCUAUUUCACCGUGGAUGAAGGGGAGAGUCGAGAUUACGAUGAGCGGACUCUGGCUUUCCAGUACGACCCGGAACCUGAAAUAGCCGAUGAUAUGAUCUCUCAAACCGACGGCUCUGUCAUUUCUAAGAAAGAGUGGUACGUGUAGUGGCAUGCAACAACCAAACCAAACGGCCCCUGGUCCCCCACAUGCAUUCCACUGCACCCUUCACCUCCAUCACCGACCCCUCCCCCACCCCCACCCUCCCAUUUGUCAAACUGCACCGCCACAGCCCCGCUCCCUCCUGACUCCCCCACCCCCCACCCCCCACCUCCGACCCCAUCCGACUAAUCUCAAUUAGAAAAAUCGAGCGUCUUAUUUAAAGUGCUAGCAACGUCAACUUCUCAACAUGACAGCGUUGGUAUCAUUUCCAUCAGGCGAAUGGGCAGAGAAUACAAACUAAGGUAUGUAAAUGGACUUGUUCUCACUGACCUACAAGGACAAGGCCGAGGAGGUGGAUGAUCGAUGAGUGCCGCCGUAUUCUUGUUUUCGCGUGUUUUUCUUUUUCAUGUCAUAAAUGUAUUAAAUGUAUAAAAAGAGACAAACAGGUUGAGGUUUUUUUUUUUGUUUUGUUUUUUUCGCUGAGCACAUUUGUGAAAGUCGUACACUGGAUGUUUGAUCUGUUUUGUUUGUUUUCCAUUAGCAUUGCCAGUUUGUUAUUUUUCAUGAUGUCUUUCUUUU